GAGAGCCAAGAUGGACGCGUCCGUUUGAACGUCUCUCGUGAGGACCUCUCUCACACGCCUGCCUGGCGUUUGCAUUCGUUUCUCUAGCUGCUUCCCCGUCUUCCUCCGGAAUAGCGGAGGGAGAGGGAAUGAGAAGCUGCAGCGGCCGAGGAGUCACAGUGACUGACCCUGCCGCUACCCUCGGGCCCUCUCGGCCCCUGCGCCUCCGGGGAGCAGCCGGGGCUCGCCGCGCCUGACGCGUCCCGAGUUACACAGUUUUAAUAGAAUAACAUUUCAAAAUUGCACAACUGAAGUCGGAUGAACUCGCAAGUUCUUUAGUGUUGGUUAUCCUGUUGACUAGAAUAUAGGAGGACCAGCUGAAUUUUGUUGUUUUCUUAAAUAAUGUUGAUAUUUGGAACCCAUGUCGAACGUCUAUGAAGAAAGGGCAACAAUGAUUGCAGCCGGGGAUUUGCAGGAAUUUGUUCCAUUUGGUCGAGACCACUGCAAGCACCACCCUAAUGCUUUGAACCUCCAGCUUCGCCAGCUGCAGCCAGCCUCCGAGUUAUGGUCUUCUGAUGGUGCUGCUGGCUUGGUGGGAUCCCUUCAGGAAGUUACAAUCCACGAGAAACAGAAGGAGAGCUGGCAAUUAAGGAAAGGUGUAAGUGAAAUUGGAGAAGAAGUAGAUUACGAUGAGGAACUCUAUGUGGCUGGAAAUAUGGUUAUCUGGAGCAAAGGAAGUAAAAGCCAGGCGUUGGCUGUUUAUAAAGCGUUUACAGUUGACAGUCCUGUUCAACAGGCGUUGUGGUGUGACUUCAUUAUAUCGCAGGAUAAGUCUGAAAAGACCUACAGUAGUGAUGAAGUAGAAAAAUGCAUAUGUAUAUUGCAAAGCUCAUGUAUUAACAUGCAUAGCAUAGAAGGAAAGGAUUACAUAGCUUCUCUACCGUUUCAGGUUGCAAAUGUUUGGCCUACCAAAUAUGGAUUGUUGUUCGAACGAAGCAGCUUUUCACAUGAGGUUCCUCCGGGCCCACCCAGAGAACCUUUACCUACUAUGUUCAGCAUGCUGCAUCCACUAGAUGAAAUAACGCCACUGGUUUGUAAAUCUGGAAGUCUUUUUGGUUCAUCACGGGUACAAUAUGUUGUAGAUCAUGCAAUGAAAAUUGUUUUUCUCAGCACUGAUCCCUCCAUUGUAAUGACCUAUGACACUGUUCACGGUUUGCAUUCUGUGUGGAAUCUCCGGAGAGUCAAAACAGAGGAAGAGAAUGUUGUUUUAAAGUUCUCGGAACAGGGAGGAACCCCGCAGCAUGUGGCCACUAGCAGCUCCCUCACAGCGCACCUCAGAAGCCUCUCCAAGGGAGAUUCCCCCGUGGCCUCCCCUUUCCAGAACUACUCCUCCAUUCACAGCCAGAGCCGCUCAACCUCCUCUCCCAGCCUACACUCCCGCUCACCUUCCAUUUCCAACAUGGCAGCUCUCAGUCGUGCUCAUUCUCCUGCCUUAGGAGUGCACUCUUUUUCAGGGGUGCAAAGGUUCAACCUUUCAAGCCAUAAUCAAUCUCCAAAGAGACACAGUAUUUCUCAUUCUCCAAAUAGUAAUUCUAAUGGCUCCUUUCUUGCACCAGAAACAGAGCCAAUUGUUCCUGAACUUUGUAUUGACCAUUUGUGGACAGAAACAAUUACUAAUACAAGGGAGAAAAAUUCACAGGCCUCAAAAGUCUUUAUUACAACUGACCUUUGUGGGCAAAAGUUCUUGUGCUUUUUAGUAGAGUCCCAGCUCCAGUUACGAUGUGUAAAGUUUCAAGAGAGCAAUGAUAAAACCCAGCUCAUCUUUGGCUCCAUCACCAACAUUCAGGCAAAGGAUGCGGCGCCAGUGGAGAAGAUAGAUACUAUGCUGGUCCUGGAGGGCUGUGGAAACCUGGUGCUGUAUACAGGAGUGGUUCGGGUGGGAAAGGUUUUUAUUCCUGGACUGCCAGCUCCCUCCCUGACAGUGUCCAACACGAUGCCUCGGCCCAGCACGCCGCUUGACAGCGUUAGUACUCCUAAUCCUCUGAGUAAGCUGCUUGGACCCUUGGAUGAGGUUGUUCUAUUGUCCCCAGUUCCAGAACUAAGGGAUUCUUCAAAGCUUCAUGAUUCUCUCUAUAAUGAGGAUUGUACUUUCCAACAGCUUGGAACUUACAUUCAUUCUAUAAGAGACCCUGUCCAUAACAGAGUAACACUAGAACUGAGUAAUGGUUCCAUGGUUAGGAUCACUAUUCCUGAAAUUGCCACCUCUGAAUUAGUACAAACUUGUUUGCAAGCAAUUAAGUUCAUCCUGCCCAAAGAAGUAGCUGUUCAGAUGCUUGUGAAGUGGUACAGUGUCCACAGUGCUCCGGGAGGACCCAGUUAUCACUCAGAGUGGAAUUUAUUUGUGACUUGUCUCAUGAACAUGAUGGGUUAUAACACGGACCGCUUAGCAUGGACAAGAAACUUUGACUUUGAAGGAUCACUUUCCCCAGUCAUUGCACCCAAAAAAGCAAGGCCUUCUGAGACGGGAUCUGAUGAUGACUGGGAAUAUUUACUGAGUUCAGAGUACCACCGGAAUGUUGAGUCUCAUCUUUUGAAUAAAUCUUUAUGUUUGAGUCCAUUGGAAGUUUCACAGACGAGAGAUGAGGAUUUUUCACAGAAUCUCAGUUUGGACUCCUCCACACUUCUCUUCACUCACAUACCUGCAAUUUUUUUUGUUCUUCACCUCGUCUAUGAGGAGCUCAAGUUGAACACUCUGAUGGGAGAAGGUAUUCGUUCACUUGUGGAACUGCUUGUUCAGUUGGCAAGGGACUUAAAAUUGGAACCUUAUAUAGACCAUUACUACAGAGAUUACCCAACACUUGUCAGAACCACUGGACAGGUGUGCACAAUUGAUCAAGGUCAAACAGGAUUUAUGCAUCAUCCAUCAUUUUUUACUUCUGAGCCACCAAGUAUUUAUCAGUGGGUGAGUUCUUGUCUGAAGGGUGAAGGAAUGCCACCCUACCCUUAUCUUCCUGGGAUCUGCGAAAGAAGCAGACUUGUAGUCUUGAGUAUUGCGCUCUACAUACUUGGUGAUGAAAGCUCUGUUUCUGAUGAAUCCUCACAGUAUUUAUCCAGAAUAAGUAUAGCUCCCCAGAAGUCCCAAGCAGAACAAGAGGAGAACAGGUUUAGUUUCAAGCAUUCUACUUCAGUUUCAAGUCUAGCUGAGAGAUUAGUUGUCUGGAUGACUAAUGUAGGUUUCACUUUAAGAGACUUGGAAACUCUUCCCUUUGGAAUUGCUCUUCCCAUCCGAGAUGCAAUUUAUCACUGUCGGGAGCAGCCCGCUUCUGACUGGCCAGAAGCUGUCUGUCUCUUGAUUGGACGUCAGGAUCUUUCCAAGCAGGCCUGUGAAGGAAACCUGCCCAAAGGAAAAUCUUCUGUUACUCAGGUGCUCUCAUCAGAUGUUCCUUCAGGAACAGAAACUGAGGAGGAAGAUGAUGGCAUGAAUGACAUGAAUCAGGAGGUGAUGUCACUGAUCUGGAGUGAAGACUUAAGGGUGCAGGACGUGCGACGGCUUCUUCAGAGUGCACACCCUGUCCGCGUCAACGUGGUGCAGUACCCAGAGCUCAGCGACCAUGAGUUCAUUGAGGAAAAAGAAAACAGGUUGCUCCAGUUGUGUCAGCGAACUAUGGCUCUUCCAGUAGGACGAGGAAUGUUUACCUUGUUUUCAUACCAUCCUGUUCCGACAGAACCAUUGCCUAUUCCUAAGUUGAAUUUGACUGGGCGGGCCCCUCCUCGGAACACCACAGUAGACCUGAACAGUGGCAACAUUGAUGUGCCUCCCAACAUGACCAGCUGGGCCAGCUUCCACAAUGGUGUGGCUGCUGGCCUGAAGAUAGCCCCUGCCUCCCAGAUCGACUCUGCCUGGAUUGUGUACAAUAAGCCCAAGCACGCCGAGUUAGCCAACGAGUAUGCUGGCUUUCUCAUGGCCCUGGGUCUGAAUGGGCACCUUACCAAGCUGGCUACUCUCAAUAUCCACGACUACUUGACCAAGGGUCAUGAAAUGACAAGCAUUGGGCUGCUCCUUGGUGUUUCUGCUGCUAAACUAGGUACCAUGGAUAUGUCGAUUACACGGCUUCUUAGCAUUCACAUUCCUGCUCUCCUGCCCCCAACGUCCACGGAGCUUGAUGUUCCUCAUAACGUCCAAGUGGCUGCGGUGGUUGGCAUCGGCCUCGUCUAUCAAGGGACAGCUCACAGGCACACUGCAGAGGUCCUGCUGGCUGAAAUAGGACGGCCCCCUGGUCCUGAAAUGGAAUACUGCACGGACAGAGAGUCCUACUCUUUAGCGGCUGGCUUGGCCCUGGGCAUGGUCUGCUUGGGGCAUGGUAGUAAUUUGAUAGGCAUGUCUGAUCUCAAUGUGCCUGAGCAGCUUUAUCAGUACAUGGUUGGAGGCCAUCGGCGCUUUCAAGCAGGGAUGCACAGGGAGAAACACAAAUCUCCAAGUUACCAAAUCAAAGAAGGAGAUACCAUAAAUGUGGAUGUAACUUGUCCGGGUGCCACUCUUGCCUUGGCAAUGAUCUACCUAAAAACCAACAACAGAUCCAUUGCAGAUUGGCUCCGAGCUCCUGACACCAUGUAUUUGCUGGACUUUGUGAAGCCAGAAUUUCUCUUACUUAGGACACUUGCUCGAUGCCUGAUUUUAUGGGAUGAUAUUUUACCAAACUCCAAGUGGGUUGAUAGCAACGUUCCUCAAAUUAUAAGAGAAAAUAGUAUCUCUCUCAGUGAAAUUGAGUUGCCUUGCUCAGAGGAUUUGAAUUUGGAAACUUUGUCGCAAGCACAUGUCUACAUAAUUGCAGGAGCUUGUUUGUCUCUGGGUUUUCGAUUCGCUGGCUCAGAAAACUUAUCGGCAUUUAACUGUUUGCAUAAAUUUGCAAAAGAUUUUAUGACUUAUUUGUCUGCACCUAAUGCUUCUGUAACAGGUCCUUACAACCUGGAGACUUGCCUGAGUGCGGUGCUGCUCUCUCUGGCCAUGGUGAUGGCUGGCUCGGGGAACUUGAAGGUUUUGCAGCUUUGUCGCUUCUUGCACAUGAAAACAGGUGGUGAAAUGAACUAUGGUUUCCAUUUAGCCCAUCACAUGGCCCUUGGACUUCUGUUUUUGGGAGGAGGAAGGUACUCUUUGAGCACAUCGAACUCUUCCAUCGCUGCUCUCCUCUGUGCCCUCUACCCACACUUCCCAGCUCACAGCACAGACAACCGGUACCAUCUCCAGGCUCUCCGGCACCUGUAUGUGCUAGCUGCGGAACCGAGGCUUCUGGUUCCUGUGGAUGUGGAUACAAACACGCCGUGCUACGCCCUGUUAGAAGUGACCUAUAAGGGCACUCAGUGGUAUGAACAAACCAAAGAAGAAUUGAUGGCUCCCACCCUUCUUCCAGAACUCCACCUUUUAAAGCAGAUUAAAGUUAAAGGUCCACGAUACUGGGAACUGCUCAUAGAUUUGAGCAAGGGAACACAACACUUGAAGUCAAUUCUUGCCAAGGAUGGAGUUUUAUAUGUUAAGCUCAGAGCAGGUCAGCUCUCCUACAAGGAGGAUCCAAUGGGAUGGCAAAGUUUGUUGGCCCAGACUGUGGCUAACAGAAACUCUGAAGCUCGGGCUUUCAAGCCUGAAACAAUUUCAGCAUUCACUUCUGAUCCAGCACUUCUUUCAUUUGCCGAAUAUUUCUGCAAACCAACUGUGAACAUGGGGCAGAAACAGGAAAUUCUGGAUCUCUUUUCUUCAAUUCUCUAUGAAUGUGUGACUCAGGAGACCCCAGAGAUGUUGCCUGCAUACAUAGCCAUGGAUCAGGCUGUAAGAAGACUGGGGAGAAGAGAAAUGUCUGAGACAUCUGAACUUUGGCAGAUAAAGUUGGUGUUAGAGUUUUUCAGCUCGAGAAGCCACCAGGAGAGGCUGCAGAACCACCCCAAGCGAGGGCUCUUUAUGAACUCAGAAUUCCUCCCUGUUGUCAAAUGCACUAUUGAUAAUACUCUGGACCAGUGGCUACAAGCUGGGGGUGAUGUGUGUGUGCAUACCUACCUCAGUGGGCAGCCCUGUGAGGAGUCGCAGCUGAGCAUGCUGGCCUGUUUCCUUGUCUACCACUCAGUACCAGCCCCACGGCACCUGCCAGCUAUAGGACUAGAAGGGAGCACGAGCUUUGCAGAACUCCUUUUCAAAUUUAAACAGCUCAAGAUGCCAGUACGAGCUUUGCUGAGAUUGGCUCCUUUGCUUCUUGGAAACCCACAGCCAAUGGUUAUGUGAUCAUGUCUGGUGGUAAGCCUGCCCUGAAACGUGACUUCUGCACAAAAAUGUGACCAAACAACAAAGUUAAAGCAACAUUUAUAAAUUUUAUAACAUAACUAGGAAGAAACGAGCUACACAAACUUCAGUGUAUUUUAAAAUCAAAGUGAUUUAAAUAUCCCAGAGACUCUUGCUCUUGGCAUUAACAUUAUAGGAUACAUAAAAGUGAGUUAAAAUUUACUUUUGUAAAUAAAAUUUUUUGGUUUGUUUUCAGAACUCUUUCUGAUUAGUUUGGGGUUUCAUGGAGUAGAGCAGUGGGGGCUGGGGUGCAUAUUGGUUUUUGAAGUCUUUCAGCUGUGGUGGUUCAGGUGACAUGACUAUGCUCGAAAACGCAAAGUUUUUUAAAGAAGUUCUGUCAUAAAGUUUUACUUUCUACAGUAACAAAAAGGCUCUUAGCGUUCCCUAAGGUGUGACCGUUGGCUUGGCGGAAGGAGGUUUGUACAUCCUGUGAUGUGCCAGGCGUCUUCGUAGUUUGAUCAGUCAUCUUGAACAGGAGGAGACUUAGACCCUGGUGAAGAAGUGUGCAACACGAAGCUUGCUCUAAAUAGAAAAAGCAAGGGGUUUCCACUGUAGAGAGGCCUUUGGAAAUUGUAUUUUAAAACAAAAGACAGUUCAUUUCCACCCAGGCUUUAGAGAACGUAUGUCUGUAUGGGUUUCUGAACUAGAUGAUCAUGAAAAGUAUUGCUAGGAAGGUGUCUCCAGUGCAGGAAGAAGACGGCUCCCUGCUGUCCAAGUGUGGGUGCGCUCCCUGCUUCCUAGAGGCCAGUGGAACCGUAAACUGGUAGGAGCAGCAAGGUCUGUCCACAGGGAUUUCACGUUUCCACAUCCUGAAUUGUGGGGUUUAGCUUUAAAAGAACACUUAAAGCAAAUAGAAAUGUUUCCAUUGGGAUCUGGACAACAACCCACGUGGCGUCCGUUUCUGCAGAGGAGGCUAGCGUCUGAGGGUGUGUGCAGGCAGUGGUUCUCCUCACUUUCCCUGUUCACCUGCCUGCGAAGCAGGGCCAAGGUGGCUCACUAGGAGGGAGAAAUGUGCUCCCCUUCACACUUUAAAGAGUUUUUCUUCUAAUUAAAAGGAAAAGAAUAAAAUGGUGGAUUUGAAUCAGGAUAUGAAGAACGUGGUAUGUAGGUGGCUGUUGUUCCCUUCACUCUCAAUUGUGUAUAAUUUGUAAGCUUUUCUCUGAUUGAAGAAUGACUUAUUUGCAUACGUAUGAACCCUCCUGUACAAAGGAGAACAGUCAUUAUGUGUGCUUGUUUCCUUUAUUUUCCAGCAGUCUUAUUUGUUUGGCCUAGAGAGCCCUAGGAGCUCCUUCUGUCUGUGUGAGGCUAGACCCUGACACCUUCCUCAGGGACCCAGCUCAGGAUAGCUUGUGUCAGGUGGGAGCAGAACACUCAGAACUUUCGAUGACAUGUUGGAAUUAAUCUUUCUCUUUUUUUCCCCAAGAGCCACCAUGGUAACAGUUCCUUUUCCAGAAAGGAUGACCUCAGUGUUUUUCAUAUGUUCAUAUUUAAAAUUUUUAACUCAGGUCAAAACCCUGCAGAGGUUUUCAUUACUUAGAUCAGCAUCUCCAAGAGUUUUCCUUUAAAAAAAAAAGAAGGAAAUUGAUACGCAGGUUGGGGCUUUGUCUAGCAUUGUGCAUGAUUCAUAAUCAGAUCUCUCGGAUGAAUUUUGAUGUAAACACAGUCAUUACUUUCUGUACCAUGGGAGUGCUCAGAGACCUUACUAUGCUAAAAAUGUAUUAGGGGACUCAGAGGGUGGAUCUGUUCUCACCCUGCAGCCCCUGGAGGCUCCCCCCACUCACCUGGACCACCUGGAGCCCCUGCUCCAUGCCUUGGGGACCUAGGGGGCGCACUGGCGCACCCGACUCCAGACCCAAUGAUGUGGGUUCUGAGCCUGGAUCUGAAAGAGAAUCACAGAAGGGUGGCACCUGGAGGAAGGGCCCAGCCCCCCACCUCUGGGGUGCCCCCCUACCCUCCUCCCCGACAGACCUCCUCACACAGCUCUGGCGUGACCCAGGCUCGGUGCCCCAUUGCAUUGAAGAAUUCCACCUUCAACUUGAGGAACUCCUUGUAGAGGUCUGGCCACUGCUCCCUGCCUAGCAGGAAUUGGAAGAUGCUCCUCUUGGACAUAGGGUUGUCUUCCUCCAUGUCAGAGGCGAUGUAGCUGCCACCAGGAAAGAGGACAAGCUUGUCCCAGCCCUGAGAAGGACUCCCAGCCUGAGGUGGGACGAUGCGGAGACACUGAAGAGGUCACCAGAAGGGACCAGGGCCUGGGGCUGUGUGUCCAGGAGAGGGUCUGGGAAGCCCCACCUGCUAGGGACCCUGGGUCCAGCGGGGGCAGAACUGCCAUUAGCACCAAGCCUGGGGCUCUCCACCUCAGUUCCUGGGCAGCAAGUGAUGAUUCCUGGCUAUGCUACUUGUCCCAGGAUCUUAAUGCAUCGCCUCCCCUCCUCUGACCACGUGGGCCCUGAGGGCCUUGCAUCACCACUGGGGGCCCUUGGGUGCCUGGGUCACACUGUCUGAUGGGGCAGGGAAGCGGGAUCGGGGCAGAAGUGAAAGCAGGGCCCUAAGGCAGCACUCACAGGGCCAGGAAGAAGUGGAUCCUGUUGUAGAGGUGACCAGGGAGCCCAACACGGCCGAAGUACUCCACCACCAUGGCGAGCAGGACUUCAGCUUGGAGACAGCUUCAGAGGAGGAGUUGGAGGGCAGGGGGCUGCUCUCAGGGGCAGCUGCAGGAGCAAGAGUCCGUGUGAGCAGGGACCUGAGCCACCUGGGAAGUCCUGGGUCCUUCCCCUGCAGCUCAGCCUGAAGACUGGACCUUGGGCCCUGCCUUGUGAGGACAAGAUGACCAUCCAGUAGUCAUGGAUGUUUCGUCCAGGGCCAGGGGUACUAAAGGGAGCCCGAGGACAAUACAUACGUACCGGCCCUGACGUCCACCAUUCUCUUCCUCUUCUGGCCUCUCGUCUUCCUGGUUCUCUGCUCAGGGACAGCCUCUGGAGGGGCAGAACUGGAGGCCAGGGGGCUCCCUUUUUGAGCAGCUGUGGAGGGAGGAAGGACCCUCUGUGAUCCAGGCAGGGACCCAACUGGGAAAUACUGGGCUCUUCCCUUCUCACUCACCGUGAGGACUUUGCACACUGACUCUGAAGGGAGAGGAGAAGAAUGACCCCCCCACCCACCCUUUGCCUGUGUCUGUGAAGGAGCAUAGGAACUGAUUUGAAAUUUACCUUUAUUUGCCAGGCAAAAGCUGCUCUCCUCUGCCUCUUUCCAUGGAUCUUUCUGCCCUGGGGACACCUCUGUGGAGACAUGUGAAGUUCUCUGGGUGACUUUAAUAACUAUGGAAGUGAACAAGAGAGUGGCCUCCUGUCUCGCCCUGGACACCCUUUCCCCCCGCCCCCGCCCUGCGGACCCACACUCGAGUUGAGGGGAGAAGAGAGGCUGUAGGCACGGUGAUCUAUCACCUUCAUUCAUGCAGAGCCCAGGAUUAAGGCGAAUGCCCACACACACCUGCCUUCCCCUCCAUGCACGCCCUUUUCUUCUGACUCCUCUGUGCUGGGUCCUGCUGGCUGGACCGGUUUCUGAGGCAGCUGAUAGGGGCUCAGAGGGAUCCGGCCUUCUCUGGGUGUUAAAAAAUGGAAGGAAACAUAACUUGAUUCUGGCCGGACUCUUUCUUUUUACUUUACCUGCUUCUUGUGAAACCUCAUAAUUAAAAUGGCGAUGGUAGUGGCUAACA